CUCAAGGGGGACCACUUUUCCUUCCUCCAUUAAAUUUUUGAACAUAACUACUGCACCUUUCUCUCUCUUUCUUUUUUUUCUCUCUUUUUUUUCACUAAGGAAGAUUAAUUCUAUUUUUCCAAUUGUGUAUAUCCAAUUUUACUCCAAUUUUCCUUUUUUUCAUUGAUUAAUUAGGUCUUUCCUCAUCUUCUUCCAUGGUUGUUUGAUUCUGAGCUAAUUUGAUUCUAAGCUACUUUGUUUCAAACUUUCAUCCACGUCAAAAAAAAAAAACGCAGCUUUAAUUUUCCCCUCUUCACAAAUUUAGGAUUAUUUUUGUUUUGUAUGAAGAUUGAUUCCCUAUAAUCCAAUUUUACUUUCUUCUCCUGUUUUUUUUUUUUUUAUGAAAAUUUUAAAAUUGGUUUUGUUUUCUUCAUCUUCUUCUUCACCUUUUAUUUUUCUUUUUUCCUUCUGAAAUUUAGAGUUAUUUUUUGUCUUGCUUGAAGAUUAAUUCUAUUUUCCAUUUGGUUAUAUUUUAUUUUCUUUCUUCCCCUGUUUUUUUUCCUUUUCUUUUCAUAGAAAACUGGUCUUUCUUUUUCAUCUUCUAUUACGAUUUGAGUUUCAAUCAAUUAUGUCAAAAAACCCCAACUUCAAAUUUUCUUUACCUUAAAACUUAGGUUUUUCUUUCUUUUUUUUUUGUUGUAGAUUUUAUUCAUUAUAUCCAAUUUUUCUUUCUUCCCCCCCCCCCUUUUUUUUUUUAUUUAAAAAAUAUGUUCUUUCUUCUUUAUCUUCUACCAUGGUUGGAGUUCUAAUUAUGUCAAAAAAACCCACCUUUAAAAUUUCUCUCUCCUGAAAAUUAGGGUUUUCUUGUGCUUUAAAUUGCCCAAUUGCCCAUGUCCUGUCCCAACUUUCUCUUACUUGUGGUUUCUUUUUCUCUUUAAUAAUUCAAAUUGAUUUUCUCCUAAUAAUUAAAAGUUAUCUACUUUUUCUCAAAAGAAUUUCAUUUUCUUUUCAUUCACCCCUUAAAACCCACCUUAUGCUUCGAUUGGUCAAUUUCUCGCCUCCACUUUCUUCUCUUCUCUGGGAUUUUCUAGGGUUUUUCUGGGGCUUUGCUUCUUCUUUCUAAAUUUAAAUUUUCUUUUUUUUUCUUUUCUGGGUUUUAAAAAGUCUACAUAUUGGAAUUGAUCUGGUUAGUAAUCUAUUGAAUUGAAUUGAAUUGAUGGCAUAUCUGCCGAUUCAGGGUCGACCCGGUUCGGGAUCGAGCUCUGGUUCGGGUUUGCCAUACUUGAAUUCUCAAUUUGGAGAUACCACAUACACAAAAGUGUUUGUUGGAGGUCUUGCUUGGGAAACUCAAAGUGAAACUAUGAGAAGGUAUUUUGAACAAUUUGGUGAGAUCCUUGAAGCUGUUGUUAUCACUGAUAAGAAUACUGGUCGUUCUAAAGGCUAUGGUUUUGUAACUUUCCGGGACCCUGAAGCUGCAAGGAGAGCUUGUAUGGAUCCUACACCUGUUAUUGAUGGACGUCGUGCCAACUGUAAUCUGGCAUCACUUGGACGACCUCGACCUGCUAUGUCAUUUGGACGUUUAAGGUCACCUGGCCCCUACAUUGGACAUCCACAUGCUUCAAUACGAGGUGUUGGUUACCAGCAGCCUGUUCCAUACAACUAUCAGCAAGGAUUUGUGUACUCUAUGUACGGGUAUCAACCAUAUGGACCUGAAUAUGCAUAUGCACAGGGCCUUUACAACCCUUAUCUGGGUCAGCAGUAUCUUCAGCUGUAUGGUGUUCCUGGAACACCCAGUGCGCCCAUGUAUCCUUAUGGACAGCUGGGUCAAUCAGUUCAAGGGGGCGGUUAUACACCAAUGCAAACUUAUCCAAUGCCCAGCCACCAAAUUGUGCAAUAUGGUCCUGGUGUUAAUGCUAUGACAACGUCUUCUAUUCCCAGCAUUCAGUCACCGUACCAUCCAGGCAAUUUUCUUCCUAUUAAAAGUGUGGUAUCUCCAAUUCCCGGACAACCUCAAUUCAUGGUCACUGGACAUUCUCCUCAGUUCAUUCAAGGUGGUGGUUCUGACCAAACAACUGCUUGAGAAGACUAAUUUAGUUAGCCUUAGUUUGCAGUGGGACUAAGAACAGCAGCUCUGCUACUUAAGUGGCGGGCUUCAGAUCUAGCCUUGCAACUUUAUCAUUUUGCAUUCUAAAGGUCGUACAGUGUCGUGCUCGUCAGAGAAGUCAGGUUGCCAAGUCCUUCCAGUGGAGAAGAAAUAGGGAAGACAGAACGGUUUGCUCUUCCUGUAACAUUGUGCAUCGUAAAUCUUUCAUAGUGGUCAGUGCAGUGCUCAACGAAGCUGACCACAUUAAUGCAUUGAAGUUGUUGGAUACGGUUAUCCAGCGGCCCCUGUAAAAAUAAACAAAAAUUAUCUUGUACAAAACAUACACAUCCAUGUUAGAAUCAAUAUCUGAUUCUUCCGUAGUGUAGUCCUCAAAACUCCCCCCUCCCUCUCACCCGUUUGUGGGUUGUAUAGAAUUUAAUCUCUGGUGUUCAUUUUACGUUCGUGCAUCUAGCAGCGUUAUCUUUAGGUGCCAUCCAUGUCUUGUGCAUAUAGGUUUUAGGCUCUUCAUUUUCAGUAUAGCAUAUGUUAUAUAUGUAUACUUGUAUACUUUUGGAAGCCCAAUUUCAAAAUAUGAAAGAAGGUUAAAGACCCAUUUAUAUCAGUCCCUCGUUUAUCAA